CCUCCCUUUCUCUGCGGCGCAACCCCAAUCUUAAAAUUUUGUGAGUUGCAGAGCAAGGGGACGCUAUGAGUAGAGGCAGCGCAACGGGUGGGCCCAAGGGCAAGAAGAAGGGAGCCACCUUCACCAUCGACUGUGCCAAGCCGGUUGAGGAUAAGAUCAUGGACAUCGCCUCGCUCGAAAAAUUCCUUCAGGAGCGCAUCAAGGUCGGCGGCAAGGCCGGUGCUCUGGGAGAUUCCGUCACCGUUACACGUGACAAGAGCAAGAUCACCGUCACCUCCGAAGGCAGUUUCUCUAAACGGUAUCUGAAAUAUUUGACAAAGAAAUACUUGAAGAAACACAACGUGAGAGAUUGGCUUCGGGUAAUUGCUUCCAACAAGGAUCGCAAUGUGUAUGAAUUGCGAUACUUCAACAUUGCUGAGAAUGAGGGUGAGGAUGAAGACUGAAGAUAUGGACCUGUAUUUACUUUGUAGGUUUCUUUGUUCUCAUUAUGGUGGAAUCUUCUUUGGUGAAUUGUCUUUGUUCGUGGUUGCUUUUGUACUUUGUGGAACUUGAGAUUUUGAAGUUUUGGUUAUGCUCAACCAUAAAUUUAUGUUCCCUUGUUGCUAUAUUUGGUUUGUUAUAUUGCUUACAUUUGUAUUUUAAUUUUUUAUGAUUUAGUUUCUCACUAUUGGUGAAUGAAAGGAUAUUUGCCUUACA